AUGGGCGUACUACACUUUUCCUUUUUUAGACCCUUCUGCUUACGUAAAGAGAUUACUCGAAAAAAGUACUCGGACUUUGUCACGUGCAGAAGCUCUUCUGCAUUAAUGUUCUCGAUAUACAUCUAUAAAUUCCUUGGCAAACUCAUGGUAACUAUAUAUCCAGGCAUAUAUCUGAACAUUGGGCAUUCCGCCAUGGUUCAAAUUUCGUUUGCCCCAAGUUUGGACUGUCCCCAGCUGUCCCCCGAACUUUUCACCAGCUACUUAUCCUGGAGAUUGCACAAUUUAGUGAAAGCAAGUUACCUUUUCGUAUGGCUCUUCGCAACGGCUUGCUUUUCACUCGCCGCUGCAAUCAUUUCGAAGGAAAUGGGUAACUGGUUCUCCGAGACUGCUAAGGUCUGUGUGUUUCUCAGUUUAGCGGCUCUCUUCAAAUCGAUUCCCUUCUGGAAGACAGCGAAGCUUGUUCCCGAACUGUACCCACAGCUAGCAAAGGAAGUUGCAGAGCUAGGACCGAACUAUAGCCCCAAAGACUGGGAUCUGCUAGCGCAGCAUGCAAAUGAAUUUUUAUUUAAAGAAGGGUUGUGGCAUUCCAAGCUUUACUUUUACGACGGGGAGGAAUGUCUCCAUUGUUUCCGAUGUUCCGUCUAUCUCCCAACAGUAAGAACUGCUUCUGAAAAACGCAACGGCCAACUCGCUCUCGCUGCUCAGAUUUAUGAAAAAAGCCUGGGUAACUAUUGGAAUGCUUGGGAAGCUGCUGAAAAUACACAAGUGGAAGCACCUCGACAAUAUUUGCCCAAAGACAGAUAUCGUUUCUCAAUUUUAUAUGAUUGGGCCUAUGGAGCGAAACAUAUCUCCUACUUUCCUCUUCUUUGGAUGCUGUGCUCCCUGUGGAGCGGCCGGAAAAAUGAUUCAAGAACAGUGGAUUUGUCGACAUUUGGUGGAUUGGUUGUGGUGUUUUACACAAUUUGCAUGUUUUGGGAAAGGCCAAGCGCCAAGGAAUUUCCUCUUACACCAAUACAAAUCUUGAAGUUCCUGAAGCUGGUGGCAGAAUUGAAACCUGGCCAAAGCGACAUGGAGUGGGAUGGGGUCGCGAGGAAAAUGAACGCUUUUCUCAACGAGACGGGCGGUUUGCGAAUAAUAAACUACUUUUUCGACGGGAAGGAAUGCCGCGCCAAGUUCCAAUUGAUAAUGGCGAAAGUGAUUCCUAACAGUGGUAUUGAGAAAAGCUCAUUCCCGGAGCUUAUUAAAUUCGCAAGCGAGUUCAAAACCAUCUGA